AGACCCCCAAGAGGAAGUGGCAGGAAGUACAAGCGGGCUCAGAACAGAACAGCCUAGCCUUGCACGCACUAAGUGACAGGCUGUAUGCUAAGUGUGCGGCAGGCAUGUGCCCAGGGAAGGCUCACCACCACCCUCUGCGCUCAAGGCUCUCACAGGCUCAUUUUGGGGUGAGAAAAUGGAGGCUCAGCGAAGGGAAGCAACUUACUACCCGAGGCCACACCUCUAGGCAGUGGUGGGGCUAGGAUUUGAACCUGCAUCUCUCUGGACUCUGGAGGUGUCUCCAGGGGGCUGCUAGGCCAAGGUCCUCCCACCACAUGAAAUCAGAUUGACCCGGGGUCAAGUCUCCUCCCAAAUAUGCCACUUCCCAGCUGUGUGACUUUGAGCAAGUUCUUCACUUCCACGCAACUGCCUAUCUCAUGGGGUUGAUUGCACAUGAGUGAGCUGAUACCUACAGCAGUGCUGGGCAUAUGGCAGGUGCUAUUUAAAUGUUAGUUCCCUUCCCUUCCUCCUACCCAGCUCACACUGGGAGGACAGGCCCUGGGGCACUUCUUCUUCCUCCCCUAAACAUGCUCUCUCCUUCCCUCCCUUGGUAGGACUGGGACACUGUUGAGAAGCAGGAGGAGGCACCCAGCACAGACCAGCUUACCAUGAUGAUCCCACGGAGGCCCCAGGAGGGGCCGAGGGCUGACAGUGGCCGAAGGUCUCCAUCUCUCCUCACCAAGCCUCCCGUGGGAGGAGACACUGCAGGCCAGAGAAAGGAGGACACAGAAGGCCCGGGGAACUCUGGGCGACAGCACUGGGCCAAGCUCCGGGGAGAAAGUGGGUACUUCUCCUUGGACAAGCUCUGGUCAGCACCAACCCAGGCUUCCUGCACAGUACCACAGAGUGGACCUCAAAGUGCCACCCCCCAGGCUUUCUUUUCCCAUCGAUCUGCCCAACGGGACGUUGUCCAGGCUGCUCCUACCCAACGGGACAACCCCCGAACCUCCUCUCCCCUCCGAAUCACCCAAAGGGACAAUCCCAUAGCCUCAUCCACCCAACAGGAGACCCUCAGAGCCUCCUCUCCUCCCCGAACCACCCAGCGGGACAACCCUAGAACCUCUUCCACUCAAGAAAACAAUUCUCAAGUUUUCUCUCCCUCCAGAACCAUCCAAAUAGACAACCCCAGAACCUCUUCUACCCAACAGGACAACCCCAGAACUUCUCCCACUCGUACUCCCCAACGAGACAACCCCAGAACAUCCUGUGCCCAACGGGACAAUCUCAGAGCCACCUCUCCCAGCAGAACUACCCAAUGGGAGAACCCCAGAACCUCGUGUGCCCAACGAAAUAAUCCAAGAACCUCUUCUCCCAACCGAACCACCCAAAGGGAAAACUCCAGAACAUCUUGUGUCCAACCGGACAAUCCCAGAACCUCUUCUCCCAACCAAACCAUCCAACGGGACAAUCCCAGGACAUCUUGUGCUCAGCGGGAAAAUCUCAGAGCCACCUCUCCGAACAGAACCACCCAAUGGGAAAACCCCAGAACCACCUGUGCCCAAAGAAAUAAUCCAAGAACCUCUUCUCCCAACCGAACCACCCAAAGGGAAAACCCCAGAACAUCUUGUGUCCAACGGGACAAUCCCAGAACCUCUUCUCCUAACCAAACCACCCAACAGGACAACCCCAGGACAUCUUGUGCCCAACGGGACAAUCUCAGGGCCACCUCUCCCAGCAGAACCACCCAACGGGAAAACACGAGAAUAUCUGGUGCCCAACGAGACAAUCCCAGAACAUCCUGUGCCCAACAGGACAACACCAGAACCUCUUCUCCCAACCGAACCACACGACGGGACAAUCCCAGAACAGCCUAUGCCCAAAAGGACAAUCCCAGAACCUCUUCUCCCAACCGAACCACACGACGGGACAAUCCCAGAACAGCCCGUGCCCAACAGGACAACACCAGAACCUCUUCUCCCAACCGAACCACCCAAAAGGACAAUCCCAGAACAUCCUGUGCCCAACAGGACAAUCCCAGAACCUCUUCUCCCAAUCGAGCCACCCAACAGGACAACCCCAGAACUUCUUUUACCCAACAGAACACCCUCAGAACCUCUUUUACCCAACGAGAUGACCCUAAAACCUCUUGUACCCAAAGGGAUAACCCCAUAUCAUCUUGUUUCCAACGGGGCAACCCUCACUGCCCUUCUGCAUCACAAAACAACCCGCAUUCCUCUUCCUCAAAGCGGGACAACCCUGGAACCUCCUCUUCUCAACGCUGCACCCCAAAGGACAAUCGUAGACCGUCAUCUCCCCAUUGCUCCACUCGACGGAACAAUCCUAGGAGUUCCUCUCCCCAUCGUACUAACAAAGACAUCCCCUGGGCUUCCUUUCCCCUCCGGCGGACCCAGAGUGAUGGCCCCCGAACCUCUUCACCAUCUCGCUCCAAGCAAAGUGAGGUUCCCUGGGCAUCUGUUGCCCUCCGACCAACCCAAGGUGACAGGCCUCAGACCUCAUCUCCCACUAGACCAGCCAAGCGUGACCCACCCCAGUCCUCCUCUGGCCCCACACGGCACAACUUACCAUCCCAGGCCACCUCUUCCUCCCAUAGCCCAGGCCACCACAGUGCCUCCUGGACUUCCUCUCCUCUGUACCCCCUUAGCCGUGGUGCAUCCCAGACCUCUUCUGAUCCCUCUCAGCCACCAUGUGCUGUGUGCAUUGGGCACCGAGAUGCCCCUCGAGCCUCUUCUCCACCUCGAUAUUUGCAGCAUGACCCCUUCCCCUUCUUCCCAGACCCCCGUGCAUCUGAGAGCGAUUCUGUUCACCAUGACCCCCCCUAUAUGCCACCUGCUGUAUGCAUUGGCCACCGGGAUGCCCCGCGGGCUUCCUCACCUCCCCGCCAUGCCCAGCUUGACCCCUUUCCCUUCCUCCCAGACACAUCAGAUGUUGAGAGUCAGUCCCCCCAGCAUGACCCUCCCCAGUUCCCCCCACUUGUGUGUAUUGGGUACCGUGAUGCCCCCCGGGCCUCCUCCCCACCACGCCAGGCCCCAGAGCCCUCACUCUUGUUCCAGGAUCUCCCCAGGGCCAGCACUGAGAGCCUAGUCCCCUCCACUGACUCUCUGCAUGAGCCCCCCCACAUUCCCACUCCCGUGUGCAUCGGGCACCGAGAUGCACCCUACUUCUCGUCCCCACCACGCCAGGCCCCCGAGCCCUCCCUCUUCUACCAGGACCCCCAUGGGACCAGUAUGGAGAGUCUGGCCCCCUCCACUGACUCUCUACAUGGUGCCCCUAUGCUGCUCCCCCAAGUGUGCAUUGGGCACCGGGAUGCACCUCGAGCCUCCUCCCCACCCCGUCAUCCACCCAGUGACCUAGUGCUCUUGGCACUCUCACCUCCACCAGGCAGCUCAGGGGGCUCUCGGGGCUCGGUGCCCCCUGGGGAGAUGAGGCACAACUUGGAAAGGGAGGAGUACACGGUGCUGGCUGACCUGCCCCCGCCCAGGAGGCUGGCACAGAGGGAGCCAGGGCCCCAGGCACAGGGCAGCAGCGGGGGCCGCACCCGCAGCCCUGGCCGAGCAGAGGUGGAGCGCCUCUUCGGGCAAGAGCGCAGGUGA